AUGAGACUUUCUUUCCAUCUCGGCGCCUCAAAGCUCGCCCUCCUCUUCCUCGCCCUCCUCUGCCUCAUCCCACGGGCCUCCACGCUGACCCCCCACCCCCCCACCGCCCCCCUGGCCCCGGAGGGCGGGGCCUGGGAGGAAGAGGAGGGCGGGGCCUGGGAGGAGGGGCCCCGCUGAGGGGCCCGGAGGGGAGACCCGGUGGGCCGGCCGCUGUCUCCGUUCCCCGUGGGCCUCUCGAUGGAGGGCGUGAACUAUCAGGAGGGAGGAGAAGGGGAAGAAGGAGGGAGGAGGAACGAAGCUCUGACCUCCAUCGCCGGAGGCCUCCAGGCCGUCAGCCGGGAGAAAGGAGGCUUCGGGUUCCGCUUCGGGAGGAAGAGGUGGACCGACAGGGGAUGGAUGGACUGA